UCUGGCGAAUCAGUAUUGUUCAGCAUGUCGAACUUUAAACAUUCAAAGAAGAUUGUGCUAAUAGUUGUUUAUGGACUUUUGCAAGUAACGGUGCAAAGUUCGAAUUGGUCGUAUCAUAUUCCAGCUUUUCGUGCCAACUGGUUCAAAGCCGUUGAACAUUGCCAUUCGCUCGGAAUGCAACUGGUGACUAUUGAGUCCAAAGCGAAAAACGAUGAGGUGGCAACAUUCAUCAACACUACGGAAUCUUACAACAAGUACAACUAUUGGAUUGGUGGAAGUGAUCUGGCGCAGAAGUUUUCGUUCAAGUGGUUAGCUACUGGAAAACCAUUUGAAUACACCAAUUGGUCUGCCAACGAGCCAAACAACGCCAACAAUAAUGAAGAUUGUGUACACAUUGUGCACCAACCGCAGCUGCGGCAAUUUUGGACGUGGAAUGAUCAUCGGUGCUCGAAAGAGUUGGAUUUUCUUUGCGAAAAUAUUGCGAGUCCAGUUUCCGGUGACUCCUCCGAAAUAAAAUUCUUCAAAUAAAGUUGACUUUUUCAAACUUUCGCCAAAAAAC